AUUGCAACAGGGAAACUCAUUGAUUCUGGUUACCCUCCUCUCCCGCGGCCUUAUGAAAAACACCUUAACAUCACGUUUUACUUAAACAGGAGGAUGAAGUUUCUAUUUGUGCUAUCGCUGAUGCUGUGUUACAGUUCAGCUCAGAGUGCUGAUUCAAGUAAGUAUAUCGUACAGUCCAACCUAUGUGAGUGACUACCUUUCGUAAACGACCAUCUAAUCAAAAUACCAAAACGUUCCCAGUAUAAGCGUUACAGUGGUACGUCUAGUAAACGAUCACCUCCUGUAAGCGACUGCGACUACACUAUUCGGGUCUUACGGUUUAAAGACUUUCAUUGGUUUUAACCUCUUGUAAGCGACCACUUCAUGGUCCUUCAAGCAUUGUCUGAUCUCUAUUUUGGCUGUGUGUACUAUGCUAAUAGGAAUAUACGGAGAACUUUACCAAAAAUGGAACUACACCUACAAUAACUUAUCUUCCAUGAAAAAAGUUGUGUUCGACCAUCUCCUUAAGCGGCCAUUGAGUCUGCAUUUUUUGUGCUCUCUUAUGGGGGUUCGCAUGUAUUUUUAUCGCGCAGAAUAUACUAUACGCCCCUAUUUUUCUCCUGUCCGUCCACCCAAUCAGCUGACAUGGAGUAAGCAGAAACUAGUGUUUAACUACCAAACAUCUGGCAACUUUUCUUCUUUAAGAUUUUUUUUUGGCAAUUUUCGUGAUCCACCUAUCGGGUUAAAAAACUCAACCACCCUAGGUCAGAUUUGAUUUCAGGUGAUAUCCGAUAAGUUUGCCAAAUUGCAUUUUUAAAUCAGUGGGAAAAUAGUGGGAUUUAGGAACCUCGUUUUAAUUCGGUGAGGGUAAAAGGCGGAAUGAGUUUGCGGAAUGGCAUGUGGCAUGGCUUGCGGAAUGACAUAAUUAUGCGGAAUGUAAAAUAUGGAAAUUGGCGCAAAGAAAUAAAUUAAACUGAAAGGCAUGCGCGGGUCAUUGACGCCCCUUUUUUGGCGCCAAUUUGAGUGAACAACUGCUUUACUGGUUCACGCAUUUAGACAUUUAUCUAAAACAUACCCGAGAAUUAGCUAGGGUUCCUGAAGGCAGCCUCCACACGAAAACAUUGAAGUCCGGUAAAUAUACUGAGGCGUGACCAAAAUAACUUAGUUUCCUCGAUUAGCAAGACGAAAUAUCUUCUUUUUCCGUUAUCCUUAGCGAAUUUAAUACCAUUGUUAGAGUCCUUAUUUUUGAGUCGAUAGAAAGUGAAUCCCAGAAUACUUGUGCAUUUGAUUUUUUGCUUCUUCAAAAUACUGUCGGCACCGAAAGUGUUACUCCUUCGAUCAAGAAUUACGUUGCGUUACUACCUUGAUUUCGUGACUGUGAUUUUGACAGCUCCAUCUCUUCAAACGUACGUUGUGCCACGUGCAGUCACGGAACAGACUGUCACGCAGAGUCGCCGGCAGGUAAAGUUCAGUGUUUCAAAAUGGCUAAAAUUGACCCAGUUUCACCUUUUUACCCCAUUCUUUGAUUGAAAAAAGCAAUUUUGCAAAGGAAAACCUACAAGACGUACGAAAAACGAGCCAUUGGGCUGUAAAUAUCUGUUUAUGUGCGUUUCGAAAUUGGAAGUUCUACAGAGAAAUUCUCGAUUUUUGUUGUUGUUUUUCUUGUUUACACAAUACAGACAAUUUAUACCGCCAGCCUACCAUGAAAAUUCCUGAACUUCGAUGGUGUCUUACAGAGAUUUCCUUCACUUACCCAAGCCAAUUCCCAGGUAUGUUUUAAAUGAAUGUCUAAAUGUGUGAUUUAAAUCGCAAGAAGAGAAUUUGGAGUUAUACCACAUGUUAAAUAUUGGCGGCGAAAAUGAGUAACGAACUGAAAUUUUGUUAUCCUGAAAACCUAUCCCUCAUUUUUAAAAUUAUUUCAGUACGACCAGCUUCCCUAUUGUCCAGAAAGUAUCUUCUAGUGGAAGGAAAAGAAUUUUUCUGUUCGUGGAAAGUGUCCAAAUUUCUCCAUCCAGCUUCGUUUGCGAACGCGAGGAAAGUUGAUGUUAGCGAAUUUCAGGUUAAAAUUAAUGCAGUCUGAGACUCCGGCGACAUCGAAAACCGAUCUUCUAUUUUUUCUCCCGAACAAAAGGCUUUCGGCGGGAACAAUCUACGUUAGGUUUCUCUUUUACCUAAAAGCUAUCUAUGAACAAAAAAUGAAAGAAAUUGAUUUUUCAACUCUUGUCACGAAAUUAAGAUUUUGGUCGAUUUUUUCUGUUUCGCACGUCUCAAGCUCGCAGUUGAGGAAACAAAAUACAAGAUUCAUUCAUCUCUGAAUAAUAUUAUCAAUUAUGUCACGAUCACGUAACCCACAGUCUCAUAAAGAAACACUUCUCACACGGUUUCGAAUACAAAUAUAGGUAACAAGAAACUGUUGAGUUAAUCGUACAAGCAUCUUUUGUAGAAAAAAUUAAAGUAGAAGGGAGCGUGACCUUCGAAAACAUCUUUUCUUCAAUAGACGAAGAAUCUUUUGGCUGUGCGGAAAAGGCUGGUCGACAAUGAGCCUUCGUGGUUUUUUUUUUUUUUGAUUGUCAUCAAAGGUUAAGCCCGCAACAUUAAAACAGCGGCUGCGUUUGCAAAUUGAUUGGCGCCAAAAAAGGGUGCUCUUUUCAGUUUAAUUUAUUUCUUUUGAUCAUUCAGCAGCGUAUAUUAAAUUCCGCAUAAUUAUGUCAUUCCGCAAGCCAUGCCACAUGCCAUUCCGCAAACUCAUUCCGCCUUUUACCCUCACCGUUUUAAUUAGUUUGUUAUGUCAUCUAAAACUUUCGAAAAAGUAAAGAACGCAGAAAAAAGAACAUCGAGGGCGAGACCCUUAAGUUAUCUAUUGAUUAAGAGAACACAAGUCUACGUGUAAAAUUACAAUCUGAUUUUAUAGGAUGUGGUUCUGUGGUAAACAACGCCUUGACAAGUCCUGGAUUUCCAACACUAUACCCAAAUAACAUGCACUGUGUGUACAAAGUUUCCAUUCCAUCCGAAAAGGCGCUGAAGAUCAGUUUUUCAAUUUUUUCCCUGGAACCACAUACUCGAUGCGGGUAAGUAAUUUAACAAUAGACAGCUUUAGAGUCUCGUUUACGGCAAACGGCAAACGUCAGAUUCAAGUUGAGAAUAUCUCAAAAUUAAAAAAAAAUAGCAGGUAAAAACAGCUCAAAGCAAUUCUUAUGGAUACAACUGGCGUGAAACAAUUCACUUUUUUGUAGAAUUAAUGAACAAUAAACAUCAAGAAAAGGGAAAACUUGGUCACUUGGUACAGAUUCACUUUUGCCGUUUACAAUAAAGUUAACGUGACUGAUGACAAACAAUUGAAAACCACUCAACUGACUCAGCUUUAAUAAGAGUAGACUAGGAACUUAACUUAAAGUGAUACUUGUUACUCUAAAACGUAACAUUUUUGCUGGUCAAAACUUACUCACGAAUUCCGACGUUCGGCUUGUACGCUGCAAGUUUGCGGAUCUGUGAUAUUAGGCCUAGAAAUAAGGCAAAAUCAGGCUUCUAAAAACCCAGGCUGGCAGGUAAGUAUAUCCCGCCGGGAAAAACACCGACCAAUGAGAAUAACCCUCUCAUUUUAAGAUAAAGACAGACCUGGCUUUAGAAACUGAUAACACGAAGAAAACUGUAAAACACGCUGAUACUGAUACUCUUUAAUUGUUUUAAUACUCUUUAAUUCUUAAAAGAAAUAAAGAGUAAAAUUCUGCCAGUAAAUUAGCGGUCUGGUCAACAUGGCGUGAAAAAUAGAUUUCGCUCAUUUCUUGUGUGUAGAGAGACUUUCAUGUACCUGUACUUAACGGCCCCAAUUCGCUAGACUGUAUUUUUAAAACUCUCGAGUUUCUGAGACAAUUUUGGUUCACCCCAUCCAACGCCCACGUUGCGCGGCUUAAUUCAAGGCUGAAAAUCAACAAAACUUUGAAUGUUGAUUUGGAAAGCAAUAGUAAUUAUUAGAUAAGAGAAACAACACAAAAAGCCAUCAUAAUUUCUUUGACAUAACACAGUGUUUUCUGCCAACAUUACGCACAAUUCAACCUCAUAGCAAGAUUUUAAGUAUCCCCUUCCCGCACUGAUAGAUCAAGUGGAGCCAAACCACCCCCCAAAUGGGGUCCCAAAUGUGUCAUUUGCUCUCGGAUAAAAAAUUGAAGUUGAGUAACAUAUAUAGAAAUUAAACCAUGAUAUUUUGUGAAAGAUUUCUUCCGAAAAAAAAUAUAAUUUCUGCGAUUUCUUCGAUUCUUUAUUUUCCUAAAAUACUGCCUAAACAGUGCAUUCAUUAGUCAUUGACCAGGUGACAACUUUUACUUCAUCAGUAUGGUAUUUCUGUUGUUUCGGCGCAGACGGCUCUCUCUCGAAAUGUUCCUAGCGGCAGAGAGCGAUGGGAGUCGGCUGUUUCGCAGCCUAAUGAACAAAAUUCAAACUACUAUUUACAAAAUCGAAUGUUCGUUGCCGGUGCUCGUAGAUAGGCUGAAAAGGUGUAGAGACUUCUCAUUGGCUAAACCGAGAUCUGGCCAAUGAUAUGGUUUUCGAUUUGGAAAAUACCAUAGCUCUUUUAAUAUCCAAAUUAGGAUUUCACGCCUCAAGGCUUUUACGUAAGUUGAGAUGAGUGAAAUCCCUUUUACAGACCUUUUUUAUCUGUAAGUAGGUCGAAAGCAAGAGAACAUAAAAGCCACUUAUUGAACGUUAAUUGGCAUUUGUAGACGGCGGUAAUUCGACUGCUCGGGAGCGACUCAAGUGCAACAUAAAAUGAAGGAAUUUGAUCGGCGGCUUGAUAUUCUGCAGAAACGUUUGGAGCUUCCUUAACUCCACCAUAAAGCACUACUCGCAAUUAGUUGAGGCAGAAGAACAUAAAAGGCUUUUAUGUUAUCUUGGCGGUUAGGGUUAUUUCUAAGAAUUAAACUGCCCUUAAAAAGUAAAAAACAUAUUUUUUCCCUUCUAGGUAUGAUUAUUUGAGGAUUGUAGAUGAUAACAACAGAACACUUGGUACAUAUUGUGGGACCGAACUUACUGCGAAGGUAGUUUUGGUAACUGGAAACUACGCAUUAAUAACAUUCCACUCUGACUUUUCUCAACAAUACCUGGGAUUCCAGCUCACGAUAUUAUUUAGUGAAAAUCAAAAUGGUAUGUUCAAAUAA